GUUUAAAAUAGGUUAUAUGUUUGUGUUAAAUGCCCUAAGUAAUUCUUACAAUUUGUGAGAUACAUUCGUCUAAUUCGUAUGUGUGAUCGACAACAACUAUAUAUAAUGUUGCAACGUGUACUUUGAAAACAAGGUGUCGAAGUCUUAAACAUGGAUUUUGGAAACCCUCCGCCGAAUAUGGGUAUCCCUCCACCCGGCAUGGGUAGUCCCAUGGGUCCACCAGGCCGUAACAUUCGCCAUAAUUUCAGACCCUUCAAUUAUCAAAUGCGAUUUCCACCUCAGGGUCCUCUGAAUAUGACUCAAGACGACUUCGAUGGUAAACGUUUACGUAAAUCUGUUAUGCGUAAAACUGUAGAUUAUAAUUCUUCUAUUAUUAAAGCCUUAGAAUGUCGUGUUUGGCAGCGAGACUGGCGUGAUAGGUACGCUUUGCAGCCGGACGCCAUGUACACCCCUGACUUGUUACCACCACCUUCAUACCCAGAUAACCCUAUAAAUGCUGUUACCACUCGUUUUGUAAAGACUGCAACUAAUAAAAUGAGAUGCCCCAUUUUCGCUGUCGCGUGGACGCCGGAGGGCCGCAGGCUUAUAACAGGGGCUUCAUCUGGAGAGUUCACUUUAUGGAAUGGAUUAACUUUUAAUUUUGAAACUAUUCUACAAGCCCAUGACUCCCCUGUGCGUUCAAUGGUGUGGUCUCAUGGUGAAGGUUGGAUGGUUACUGGAGAUCACUCUGGUUUUAUCAAGUAUUGGCAAAGUAACAUGAAUAAUGUUAAAAUGUAUCAAGCCCAUAAAGAAGCAGUAAGAGGUAUUAGUUUUAGUCCUAGCGAUUCAAAGAUUGUUACUUGUUCAGAUGAUGGUACAUUGAGGAUAUUUGACUUUUAUAGAUGUCAGGAAGAGCGCAUUUUAAGAGGGCAUGGUGCUGAUGUUAAAUGUGUACAGUGGCACCCAACUAAAGCUCUCAUUGUAUCUGGAAGUAAAGAUAACCAGCAACCAAUAAAAUUAUGGGAUCCUAAGUCAGGAACAGCAUUAUCUACUUUACAUGCUCACAAGUCUACAGUUAUGGACUUGCAAUGGAAUGAAAAUGGCAAUUGGCUAAUAACUGCCUCCCGAGAUCAUUUAUUAAAACUUUUUGAUAUUCGUAAACUUGGUACUGAACUACAAAUAUUUAGAGGCCACAAGAAAGAGGCUUCUAGUGUUGUGUGGCAUCCCACUCAUGAGGGCUUAUUCUGCUCUGGUGGCUCUGAUGGAACCAUCUUGUUUUGGAAUGUUGGUACUGAUAAGGAAGUAGGAUGUAUAGAAGGUGCUCAUGAGUCUAUAGUUUGGACAAUGGCUUGGCAUCCCCUAGGUCAUAUACUAUGCUCUGGCUCCAAUGAUCACACAUCAAAGUUUUGGACCCGUAAUCGGCCAGGUGACCAGAUGAGAGACAAAUAUAAUCUGAACACAUUACCUCCAGGUGUUCAAGAUGAUAAUGAGUUAGAGGAGCCUGGGGCAAUUCCUGGGAUGGGACCAGAAGACAAAGUUGAAAUCUUCUCUUCUGAUACUGAUAAAGUAAUUCCUGGCUUAGACUUAGAUACCACAUUUAUGCCAAUGGAGUUUGAAAAGAAAGUAAAAAAAGUGCCUUACAGUAAGCCUAUACCAAGAAACUUCCAAGUCCAAUGGAAUCAUGGACCUACUGUAGAUGAUGCAGCAACAGAAGCUUUAACGCAAGCUCUUGUAGAGUCUGUUCCGGGUGCUGUUCCCCUACAACAACUGAGUCCUAGUGCUAUAUUCAUCUAUGGAAGGCUUAUAACUGUAGAGCCCGGGUCCACACUAGAAAAGGCUAUAUCUGAAGGUCCAAUAUCAUUAAGAAGAUAUAUAGCAUCAGGUGAUAUUGAGGAACUAGAUGAUAUGAUGCCACACCUUGAAAUGGAUGCUGACGAUGAUAAUUUCCUGCUGCCAUUUGAAUAUCCCUCUUAUGAAAAUAAUGACAAUGAAAAUGAUGAACCUGAGGAGGACAAUGAGAAUAAAAAUGAUUAUGAAAAGGAAGAUUAUUAUGACAAAGAAAUGGAUACAAGUGAGCCAAAUCAAGAUGAUUACAAUAAUUAUGAUAAUGGACCAUCUGAUAUGAACAAUAUGCCUCCAAUGGGUAAUAUGCCCCCAAUGAGCUUCAUGGGACCGCCAAUGAAUAUGGGUCCACCAAUGGGCCCUCCUCCCAUGCAUAGCAUGCACAUGCCUCCUCCGCAUCUGCCUGGUAUGCCACCAAUGGGUAAUAUGCCUCCAAUAGGUAAUAUGCCACCAAUGGGUAAUAUACCUCCAAUGGGUAAUAUGCCACCAAUGGGUAAUAUGCCACCAAUGGGUAAUAUGCCACCUAUGGCUAAUAUGCCACCUAUGGGUAAUAUGCCACCCAUGGGUACUAUGCCUCCUAUAAGCAAUAUGAACACAAUGCCAAUUUUCCCUGAUAAUGGAUUUACCAAAGGUAAUUUUGACAGUAAUCAGUCGUAUUCCCAAGAGAAUGAUGAAUAUAAUUCGGAGGAGUCAUUUGAACAGAGUUUUAAUGAAGAAGAAAAUUACAAUGAGAAUGAUGAAAAUAAUGAUGACGACAAUUAUGGUAGAAAUCAGAGAUACAGAGGUGGGUACAGAGGUCGGGGUCAGGACAGAGGUCAAAAUAGAGGUAGAGGACAAGACCGUGGCAGAGGCCAUGACCGAGGUAGAGGACGUGGUAUGAACGGCUUUGGUGGGCGCAACAUGCGUAGAGGUGGUAACCAACGUGGUUCAAAUUGGAAUCGCCGUGGCAGUGGAGCCAAUCGAAUGUUUAGAAGAGGUGGUAAACAAACUAAUUAGAGUUUUAUUAAAUUAGGUCUCAAAAUGCAUGCUUCAAAGACUAUUAUUUGAACUACUGAAAUAUGAGUGUUAAGUGCAAAGAGAUAAGUGAUGACAUAUAAGAAGGUUGUAAAUAAUUUUCAGUUUUAUCUUGUAUUUCAUGUUGAAGGAUAAAAAUAAUAAAUUUAUAUUAAGUUGUAAAAAA